GGUGGGUUCUGGGGGCUGGGCAGGGCUCAGAGGCGGAGCCAAGUGGGCCGGAAGUGGCCUGGCCCGGGCGUUGGACCCUGGGGGUGAGGAAGAUUCGCGGGUGGAGCGCAACGCGGUGGCUGGACCCCGGGCGGGUCCUGGGGAGCAGGCUGGGCGCGGUAGCCGUGGCCCGGAAGCGGACGGAGGCGGCCGGUGUCCCCGCCGUCUGCUCGCCAUGGACGACGCUGACCGGCAGCUCCUGCGGCGGUGCCGGGUGCGGCUGGUCAGCGAGCUGCAGGUGGCCCCUCUCUGGGACGUUCUGCUGAGCCGCGAGCUCUUCACGCCCGGUAUGAUCGAGGACAUCCAGGCAGGCUCUGGGUCUCGGCCCGAUCAGGCCAGGCAGCUGGUCAUAGAUCUGGAGACUCGAGGGAGGCAGGCCCUUCCUUUGUUCAUCUCCUGCUUAGAGGACACAGGCCAGACCAGCCUGGCUUCAUUGCUGAGAACGAGUAGCCAGGCAGCGAAGCGGGAUCCGAAGGCCAUCAGACCCUUGGAUCCCUUCCCUGUGGCGCUUGGACCAGUUGUUCUCAAACCAGAGGAGCAGACAGCGGCGAAGCAGUAUCCAUCAAAGCCGAUCCCAGAAAAACUCACUCCAGUGGUGCUGGGGCCAGAGGAGCUCUGGCCGGCCAAGCUCAAGCCAGAGGUUCUCAGACCAGAGGUGCCCAGGCCGGAGGACAUUGGUUCUGGAGGAUUCAGUGAUGUCCGUACUCAGAGGGGAUUGAGGGAAAACGCCGAUGUGGCAUACGUCCUGAACGCAGACCCCUGUGGCUACUGCCUCAUUAUCAACAACGUGAACUUCAGCUUGGGGCUCAGCACCCGCUCGGGCUCCAAUGUCGACUGUGAGAAGCUGACGCAACGUUUCCGCUUGCUACAUUUCAUGGUGGAGGUGAAGUGCAACCUGACUAGCAAGCAAAUGGUCCAGGCUUUGCUGGAGCUGGCCCGGCGAGACCAUGGCGCUCUGGACUGCUGUGUAGUGGUCAUCCUCUCUCAUGGUUGUGAGGCCAGCCACCGCCAGUUCCCAGGGGCUAUUUAUGGCACAGAUGGGUGUCCUGUGCCCGUCGAGAGAAUUGUGAACAUCUUCAACGGAACGAGCUGCCCCAGCUUGGGAGGGAAGCCCAAGCUCUUUUUCAUCCAGGCCUGUGGUGGAGAGCAGAAAGACCCUGGGUUUGCGGUGGCCUCCACCUCCUCUGAGGACAGGGCCCCUGGCAGUAAUCCCGAGCCAGACGCUGCUCCAUUCCAGGACAACCCAGGCAACUGUGACCAGCCAGAUGCCAUGUCUAGUUUGCCCACACCCAGUGACAUCUUUGUGUCCUACUCCACCUUCCCAGGUUUUGUCUCCUGGAGGGAUCCCAACAGCGGCUCCUGGUACAUCGAGACCCUGGAUAAAGUUUUUGAGCAGUGGGCUCACUCUGAAGACCUGCAGAGCCUCCUGCUCAGGGUCGCUAAUGCUGUUUCGGAGAAAGGGAUUUACAAACAGAUUCCUGGUUGUUUUAAUUUCCUCCGGAAAAAACUUUUCUUUAAAACUUAAUGAACCCAGGGCCCCUCAUCCUGCCUUACGUUUCACCCCAAAACCUUCGCGCUUCAGGCCCGGCGCUGAGACCUGGGCUUUCCUUCAACUACGGCUGUCACACACUGAAGGAUUUUGUAGCCCGCUGAGGGUCUGCUCUUUCCCCACUGGCAGCAGACAGGCUCUUAGCAGCUUCCAAACUGGGGACAAAUGACCAGUGAUGGAGGAAGAGGAGCUGAAGAAUGCCAUGGACAACACAUGGCUUUUCACCAGUGGCUGGUUCUCUGGCUGAUGACCGUGGCCUGUGAUCUUUGCGUUUUCUCUAGAGCAGAGCUUUUUAACCUUGGCACCACUGACACUUGGGGCCAGAUAAUCUUUUGUGUGGGACUGUCCUGUGCACUGUAGGAGGUCUAGAAGCAGCCCUGGCCUCUACCCACAUGCCAGUAGCCCCGCUCCCUGAAUACUGACAGCUAAAAAUGUCUUCAGACAUUGCCAAAUGUCCCUGGGUGGGCCCCACUUGAGAACCACCGAACUAUGGGAACGUUUUUAGCUACACACCAACCAGCAUCUCUCUAAGAUCAGCAAGUUUGGGGCUACUGGAGCCUGAACAGUUGGAAUCUGUGCAUCUUAAAUGAAGUCUUAUUUUUCCUGUAUUGCAGUGUUCUUUAAAAACAUCUGAGGUGAAUAUGAACUCUCGUUUGCCUAUUCUCCUCCCAUCCCCAUUUCGCUUCAAGUCUUUGUUCUUCCUUAUAAAGGACACUUUUGCUUUUUUCUAAACAUUUCCUGGUCUCAUUUCAUUUGACUCUCACUUCCCAGGAAGGUAAUUGGAGUGGGAACCACGUGCUCAGGGAGGUCACGUUGCUUGUCCAGGGGAACACAGUUAGCUGGGGGAGAGACCUGGCCAGACCUGGGUAUUCUCAGUCCAGCGUGUGCCUCCAGGUGCCUUCCUGGCUGAAGGCCCCGCACUGCAGGGUGACUGUGCUAUGUGACAGUGACAUGCUGGGCUUCCCCAGAGAUGGCCCCGACCCUGAGGUCUUUGAGGCUGUCCUGACCCCGGCCUUUCUUGCUUUUAGAGCCCUGGAUGUGAGGAUAGUUCACUAAUAAGACUGUCACCCAGAUGUGAUUCAUGUAGUUGUCACUUUAUUUUCCUUCUGUGACCUUUCCAAGUCUGAAACAGUCCUGGGGACUUCUGGGGGUUAGUUAUUUGCCAUCACCUGCAGGACACAUAACAAGAAAAGAACCAGGUUAACCUAGCAGAGUGGAGACCUCUGCUUGGCAGCGUCCCCCCCUUUCUCCUUCCAGACUCCUUGCUGCUUGUGUCAAUCAGAGGUGGCCUGCAAUGAAACAGCCACUCUGUGCAGCUCUGAUGGUGUUCAGGAGUAAAAGAUGUUAUCACAGCUUUUCACGGACCUGCUAGGGCAACUGCAAAUUAUACACUGCAUGUGUGAAUGGGCAGACUUAGAUUUCAUUUGUUUCUCCAAGAGUUUGACAUCCCUGAAAUUGUUAACAAACAUUGCUGUUUAUAUGGCGCUAUUAUGCACUGUGGGCGGGACUGUAUCCUGUUUGCAGAGGCUGGUUAGCAGUGUUCUCUUACACAUUUUAAUACGCCAGCUCCAUGGUCCAGAGAUGCUGCUGGAUCUCUGUAGCACACAUACUCAACCAACGCGCAAGAAUGUAUGUCCCAGGAUGUUGAUGGCGGUGGCGUGAGCGUGGAAAAUAGGAACCACAUGAAAGUUUCAUUCAUUGUAUUCAUACUAUGGAAUGUUCUUUGGCUGUUCAAAAGAAUGCCAUAAAUAUAUGUGCUCACGUGUAAAAUGUGAAGUGGUGUUAAGUGAAAAAACUAAGUUGCAGAACAAUGAAGCAUAAAAUUCUAUUGGCUAGAAGGCAGUGUGUAUAUAUGUGUCAUAGUCUCCAGAAAAUGUUACUGAUAAUGGUGACUAGCUCUGGGGUGGUGGAAUUGGAGAUGUACAACCAGGGGGGCCUUAUGCGUUUUCACUUGAUACACUCCUAUAUUCAUGUUUUUACAGAGUAUUUUCUUCUAAUAUAAAAAUUAAA